AGGGUUUCUCCGCUUGGUGUGGCAUUCACCUCCCAACACUCAUGUGCUAACAUCCAGCAUCGCUUGGCUUCCCCUGCACACUGGCCUGACUCCAGGGAUUUCAAGUAGACAGGGCAGACAGACAGACAGAGAGAGAGAGAGAGAGAGUGAGAGAGUGUAUAUAUGCUGGAGAGGGAUAAGUUAGUUUUGAAGUAGGAGGAGAAAAGAACAGAGGUCCAAAGAGAAAAAAGGGAGAAGAAGGUGAAAAAGUAAAGUUUGAAAAGAAAGGUUGAUUAGCUGACUGUACACUACAAAUCCACCGACAUGGCAGCCAUGGAAGCACUGGAAUCCACAAGUGCCCUGCUGGAACCUCAAACCCUCACUGAGAUCUCAGACGAUGAGAUCAACCUCCCGCCCUCAGACGACGAAGACGAUGCCCUUGCCGCAGCCAAGAAAGAGCUGUCCACCAUGGGCACGGAGGGCGACGACGACAAGGAUGAGGCAGGGAAGUCAGACCAGCAGGUGAACGGGGUCAUGGUGCUGACUUUGCUUGACAAGAUCAUCGGGGCGGUGGACCAGAUCCAGCAGACCCAGAGCGGGCUGGAGGCCAGGCAGCAGGAGAUGGAGCGCUCGGUGAACGGCAUUCAGGGCGAGCUCACCAAACUGUCCAAGAGCCACAGUACCACCUCCAACAGCGUCAACAAGAUGAUGGAGAAGGUGCGCAAGGUGAGCGUCAACGUCAAGACCGUGCGGGCCACCCUGGAGAAGCAAGGAGGCCAGAUCAAGAAGCUGGAGAACAACGAGGCCGAGCUGCUCAAGAGACGCAACUUUAAAGUCAUGAUCUACCAGGAUGAAGUGAAGGUUCCCUCAAAACUCAGCAUCUCUAAAUCCAUGAAGGUUUCUGAUUCUGUGUCGGGAAGCAGAGGGGGCAGCCUGCUAGAGCUCAAGGAAGCUGUGGAAGAGGAAGAGGGGGGAGAAGGAGAGAAGGCAGACAGGCCCCAUGUAGACCUCUCUUCAGACGAGGAAGGGGUGGAGAUCGAGGAGACCAUCGAGGAGUCCCGCGCCGAGCGCAUCAAGCGCAGCAGCCUGCAGCGUGUACAAACCCUGAAGACGGUCUUCUCAAAGGAGAAGAUGGAUAAGACCAGAGCAAAGACCAAAGAGAAACUGGAAAAGACCAAACAAAAGACCAAGGACAACCUGGAGAAGACAAGGCAGAAGACAAAGGACAACCUGGAAAAAACCAAGCAGAAAACUAAGGAUAACUUAGAGAAGACCAGACAGAAGACCAAGGACAACCUUGAGAAGACGCGUCACAACAUUGAGAAGAAGAUGGGCAAAUUUGGAACACAAAUGACUGUCAACCCUGAGCGCAAGCAGAAGAUGCAGACAUCCCGUGACAAGGUGAAGAAGGCCUUCACGCCAGACCAUGUCGUUUACGCCCGGUCUAAGACCGCUGUUUACAGGGUGCCCCCCUUCACCUUCCACGUCAAGAAGAUCCGUGAGGGCAUCACCGAGGUGGUCCAAGGCACCGAGAUGGUGGAGGUAUCCCAGGAGGUGGAUCCCUUCAGCGGAGUGGAUGGGGAGGUCGAGGAGGGCGCGGUGGAGGUUGAGAUGGAGAUGAUGAAUGGAGGAGGGGAUGAGGAAGAGGCUGAUGAGGAUGAAGAUGAGGACAACCAGGAUGCUCUGCAGGAGAAUGAAGACAGAGAUAGAGACAGCGACUAGAGGUUCCUGAGGUUCUUUUGUAAAAGUAAAAGAAAAAAAUUAAUUGUCGGAAUUGGGAAGAUUGCUGAAGAAUAAUUGUUGAUUACAACUUGGGUCUAACUUUUUUUAAACACUUUUGGCCAUUAUUCCUAUUAGUUAAUAUAACUUUGUACUAACCAGUUAUUGCUGAGAUCUGGGAACACGGCGUCAUUGAUAUGAGUUUGCUAUGGUUAAGAAGCCAACACUUUGUCCAGAUUAUCUAAACCACUCUAUUUGAAGGACAAAUUUAGAGGGCGCUCCAAAACUGUCAGUAAUAAACUUUCACCAUGCAAGCACAGUAUUGUAGGUCACAUAAGUUUGGUAAACCUAUUGGUUUGUUUCCAUCCUGUCAGAUUGUCUGGCUGUUCGUUCGCUGUCCCUGUGUAAAUAUCUCAUGUAGUUUAAAAAAGCUGCCGCUUACAUUGAUGAACGCACAGAGAAUUAUCACCUGUCUCUGUAGUUCCCUGUGGAUCUAUACAGAGUUUUUGCAACUUUCAGCUCAUUGUUUUGGGGGUUUCGGCCCACAACUUUACUGUUUUAGUUCAGUCUCGCCGUUCUCGUCAACUUUGUUUACAGCUGUUUUAUGUGGGGAGGCACCGAUACACCUGAUUUACACUCUCUGCUCAGCAGCAACAGCAGACAGACAAAGUCGGGGGACUAGCUGGUGAAAAGAGUAGCAGCCUAAGAGCAGGAUAUUUUUCUCAGGAGUUGGUGGAGACCAAAACUAGAGCUAAAAGGUGAGCACAUAUUGGACUUAUAUUUUCUAGGUGGACACGAGCACCACUAAAUAUGCAACUGUUUGCUAACAUGCUAAUAUGUCAGUGAUGUGUGUACAGUUUGUUGUGUUGCCUUUAAAAGAACAGUGUGUAGGAUUCUGGAGAAAUCCAUUGGCAGAAAUGGAAUAUCAUAUUCAUAACUAUGUUUUGAUUAGUACGUAAUGUUACCUUAGUUAUGACAUUCUCAGAUCUCAGCAGUUAAUUUGGUCAAGAUAAUGUUAUUGUUACCAAUAACAAUUAUGACCAAAAUGAUAAAAAAAAGACCCAAGUGGUAACAAAAUUAUAAUUUAACAACUUAGGUUUCCUUUCUUUGACUACAGUUUGUGUGCCUAAAAUUUAUCAGAAAGGGCUUAAUUUAAAGGGCUUAAUGAAAAUAUUCCCAUAUUUGCAAAAGCACUUUGAGGGUUGUUUAGAACACAUUUGUGUUUGGAUGGUAUAUAUGAUGAUGAAAUUUGAAAAGAAAAAAACAGAAAAAGAAAUAGGAAACCAAACAUAACUUUUAUUUUUUGAACAUAAAGAAAAUGAUCUCAUGGACUGUUGAGUAGCAGAUUCCCAAUGGCCAAAUUAUUCACAAACAAACUGAGUACAUAUAUGUGCUUAUAUUUUUAUUUUGUAUUACAUACCACAAACACAUACUUAUUCCUUCCACCCUGUUUAUUGUUCAGCUGUUUAAAUACUGAAGUGUUAUCUUACUCUGCUUAAUUUACUGAUAUUUAGUUAUUCUGUUGUCAUUAAUAUGUUCAUGAUGAGCUAACCGUUACAUAUUUGUGUAUGACAUGUAUGUGAUCACAAUUUACACUUGGCUGAAUAUAGCCUAAUAGUUGUAGUUUUAGCACACCUUGUUGCAUGCAAUGCUGUUACGCAACAUUUUAUUGCCAAAGAAUAACCAGUGUCCAUGAUAAUGAAGAUCUGCAAAACAUAAGGAAGAGACAGCUCAUCCAUAGGACUAGUGCAUUUCACUCAGCGCGGGUAUUCACUUUGAUUAUUCUCUUCUUACAACAUGCUAUCUGUCAUUCUAAGAUGUGUUACAUAAAUUAACUGAGUUAAGGACAAAUACUUUCGGCUAGUUCUCACAGACCUCUGAUAGAACCAGUUUGGAUUCAUACAAAUCCGCGUACACCCGAGACUUGGCUGUUCACAGUCCUAGGUUUCAAAACCCUGCGGUCUGACACUGACCCCUAGUGUGCAGUCAUCCCACUAUAAUUCCCUCUGCUCCAGAUUAAAGGUGCAUUUUAACAGAUUGCCUGUUGUGUUCUCUUGACAAAGGACCAUUUCACUGAGAUUUUGCCACACAGGGUUCCCCUAUUGUCCACACUUACUAAUUUGCAAUAAGGCUUAUAAAUGUGUUAUACAUAUCCUCCACUACUUGUGGUAUUUUCAUGAAUGACUUGCAAUAAUUAAUUCAAGAAUUAAUGAAUUUAUUAACUAAUUCAUUUUCUAGCAUAUUCAAGAUAAAUGUCCACCCACCUAUGCACUAAUCCUGGUCAGGUCAACAAAGAGCUAAUGCAGAGACAGACACAAGAUGCAUCUGUGAAUUUAAAGUAAGAGAAAGUAUCGAGUUUUAUAUAAUUGUUGACAAAGUUUACCACAUUGCCACAGUAUUUGUACGUUCAAAGUUUAGUUCCUAGCUCAGUCACAUCAUAGUUUAUUAGUUUUUUUUGUAUAUAAUGUGAAUCACUGCCAAUGCAGAUCAUAAUGCGUUUUGAUUUUAUUUACCAGAGAGCCUUUUGCCUUCCGCUGCCUGCACUUCUUCCCCAUUUAGAAACAGCUUCUCGGGCCAAAUCAUUGUGAAGUUUGCAAAGAUUUCACAGUGCAACAAAUGAGAUUUAAGCAUAGAUAAAAUAUUCUAACCUUUUGAUACUAUGUGGUAGAGAAUGUGUUCAGUGGUUGAAUACUCAGCCCUUCAUAGUGGAUCAACAAUGCCUUGUCUGUCAGAGCAGUAACAACAUUCAGGUGUGCUGAGGCCUAUAUGUCAAUGGAACAUAUGUAGUUCACACUUAACUGUUUCCUUGCUUUUGUUUUGAUGGUAACCGAUUCCUGUAUUUUUCAUUGCUUAACCACUAAUGAUUUAAUUAAUAAAUGCUAUUUGGU